AGGUGAAAACCUGGACCUGGCCUAGCAGUUUACUUCUUUUUGCUAUUGUUUUUCGCAACGGAAAAACGAAUAAAUCAAAACCCAAAUCGGGAGACCGCCAACCCUGAAGCCCGAAGGGUGAAGAAGAAGAAGAAGAAGAAGAGGAUUAUUAUCACAUGGCUCUAGCAAUCCCACUCUUUCCUUCGCCAUACGCUCGCAAAAAACCACCACUCAUUCAUCAGGGAUUGAACACUUACCUAUGUUCUAUUAAAACCACCCAAACACUACCCAAAUUGGGUCCAACUCCAAUUCUCUGCACAGCAAAACCCACCACCAAAAACCUCAAAACAUGCAAAAACUGCAAAACUCAAUUCGACCCUUUGCACAAUCACCCUCGGGCUUGCCGUUUCCACCCUGCCCAUUUUGGAGGGGAAACAAAGAGGAAAUUUGAGAGUGUGUACACUGGGGGCACCAUGGAUACUCCUGACUCAGGCAAAGUCUUUCAGUAUUGGCAUUGCUGUGGCUCUGAAGAUCCAUUUGAUCCUGGAUGUACUGCUGCUCCUCAUGCUUCCUAUGAUGACUAAGGUGGUUCACUAUCUUCCAUUACCAAUGCCAGUCAUCAUGCUUCCAUUUUAGCGCGAUUGGUCCCUUUCUGGUGUAAAUCAGACUGUUCAGGUGUUUGGAUAACACCAGUGAGAUGCGAUGGCGUUCGUUCGUUCAAUGGAGCUUCACUGGAGGUAAGAGCCUCCGUUCAUUCACUGAGGCUUCAGUUGAGAUACAACUAUGGCUUUUAUUCCU